AGAUGUUUGCAUUUCAGAAGCCAUUUGGUAAAAUGGAUCAACCUCCGAAAGUGACUUAAAGAACAAUAAUACAUAAAUACUUAUCACUUUCAUAGAAAAGUUGGAUCCAUGACUUGGUAGAUAUUAUAUACUAUAGACUACAAUCCAGAUAAAUAAACAGAAAUCAACUUCUUCAGCAAAGGUUUUGGUCCACCUCACCCGACCGUGACGCCUUCGUGAUAAUCAGCAUCACAGUUAUCAGUCCCUCGCACUCUCCCUCCCCCUCCCCUCUGUCACUCUCUCUCUUUCUCUGUAUCUCACUCUCUCUCUCCCUCUCUCUCUCUCUCUCUCUCUUUCGCGUGUUGAAAGAUGGUUAAGUCGCAGAGUCCACUGUAGAGUGCAGAGCAGGACAAACAUGUUCCUCUCCUCACUCAUUGAUGAAAAAGGCAUAAAUGUGCGUUGAAAUUAUUUUUUGCCAAUUUUGGGUCAGAGUUCCCGAGGCUGGAAGGUCAAAAUAUUGCGAAGAACAUUUGUGUGAAGGAUUUUACAGAGGGAACCUCUUGGCUUCCGAUUCUUAAAGCAUUUACGGGGAAGACAUGUACGACUAGUAUUAACUGUAUUUUCUUUUUUGCCCUACCUUUAAAGAGGUGUGCUUCUGGAAGUUCAUAUGUGUACAGGCUUUGUCCAUGUCUGUUAGAAUGCCCUAACUGAGACGCGCGCACAGUGCUCUUCUUCUCAACGUGGAGAUAUUGACCACACAUUGGACUGAAGUCGGUCGUUUAAAGGAGCCGGGUUGAAAAUGAACGAAAAGCCAGAAUCAAACUUCACGUUUUCCGAUGGUGAUAACUGGACCUUUCCCAAUGGCUCACAGGACUACCUUACAGCAAGAAAUAAUAUCACUUAUGUCGGAUAUUACCUGCAUCAGCAGGCUACCGCGGCUGUGUUCAUCAUCUCCUACCUGCUCAUCUUCCUCGUGUGCAUGGUUGGAAAUGGAGUUGUUUGCUUCAUAGUUCUGAGGAGUAAGAACAUGCGCACUGUCACCAAUCUCUUCAUCCUCAACCUCGCCAUCAGUGACCUCCUCGUUGGGAUUUUCUGUAUGCCAACCACACUGCUUGACAACAUCAUUACUGGGUGGCCAUUUGGAAGCCUGGUGUGCAAAAUGAGUGGCAUGGUCCAAGGCAUAUCUGUAUCAGCCUCUGUGUUCACCCUGGUGGCCAUUGCGGUGGACAGGUUUAGAUGCAUUGUUUACCCCUUCAAGCAGAAGCUGACGAUAUCUACAGCCACCAUCAUCAUCGUCAUUAUCUGGGUCUUGGCCAUAUCCAUUAUGUGCCCAUCAGGCAUCAUGCUACAGGUAACCAAAGAGCAGACCAUCCGAAUAUACCUUGGGGACGGCAACCGGACCAACCCAUUCUACUGGUGCCGCGAAAACUGGCCCAACCAGGAGAUGAGGAAGAUCUACACCACAGUUCUCUUUGCCAACAUCUACCUCGCACCCUUAUCCCUCAUAGUGAUCAUGUACGCCCGGAUCGGCAUCACCCUCUUCAAGACGUCCGUGCCGACCGGUGACAAGCCCGGGGCCGGGCACGACAACCGUCACACGGUGUCCAAGAAGAAACAGAGGGUCAUCAAGAUGCUCCUGGUCGUGGCCCUUCUGUUUAUCCUCUCCUGGCUGCCACUGUGGACGCUCAUGAUGCUGACCGACUACGCCAGCCUGUCUGAGUACCAGUAUAGGGUCAUCAAUAUCUACAUCUACCCGUUCGCCCACUGGCUUGCGUUCUUCAACAGCAGCGUGAACCCCAUCAUCUACGGGUUCUUCAACGAGAACUUCCGCCGUGGCUUCCAGGCUGUGUUCAAGUUCCACCUGUUUGCGGGCGGCGGAGGUGGUGGUGGUGGUGGUGGGCAGCAACGCAGGACGUACUCGCACCGUUUCCAAGGCAACUCGGUGCUGCCGGCCAACCCGCUGCCUUCCACCGAGCCCAUCUCCCUCAACAGCCUGGAGAACAACAGCUCGCGGCGGGGAAACCAGGUCAACGAGCAGGACUUGAUCAUGGAGGACCUGGAGAAGGCCUCGCAGAGCAGCGACAAGGAUGGGGCCUCCCUCUGAGAUGGCAGAAAACAGAAAAGGCCGGGCAUUCUCAGCGCAAACACAUCGCAGCUAUGGGUAUAAAAUGGGUGUGUGUCUGUGUGUGUGUGUGUGUGUGUGUGUGUGUGUGUGUGUGUGUGUGUGUGUGUGUGUGUGUGUGU